CACAAUUAGAAUAAACAUGCAUAGAUAAAUUGCUUUCAUGAACUGCACUAAUAAAAUGAAAGUAAAAUCCAUACGUAUCUAAACGACACUGCCGCGCCACCGCCGCCGGCAAAUGAAAUUUGUACAGAACAAACUGAAAACAAUAUACCAAAUAGAAAAACACUUAUGAAAAGAUAUAAACGCGCAACAAGACUCGGAACAUGUAAGCUUCAUUGUAUCAUCUAGUUGGGGGGAAAGUCAUUCCCUGGUUUAUUUUUUAUUUUUUAUUAUCUGCACUACCAACUAUAACAUGUAUCCACUGAAAAGUUAAUUUAGGCAAAUUUCAGCAGUCUUAGAGCAUACUCAACUGAGAUACCUCCAACUUGAAUAGGUUUGAGCAAAUGACAGCAAAAUGCAUACAUUUCAGCAGCUUAUUAAGAAAAUCUCAUCAAUACCAUCAAUGCAGAACACCGUCGUAGCAAAUUCUCCGGUACUUAUAAUCGACCGCAGCAAAUUAAUAACAAUUAGCACUUAAUUAUUGGGUAAAGGGAAUCAUGAUAAGUGAGUUUACAUGAAUUAGUAUAAAACAUUUCAGAAAAUAAAUUUCUCAGUAACCAAAAAAAAAAUGUUGGAGAAGAUGAAAAAAUUCGCACAUAAAUGUAAACAGUAUCAUAUGUUUGAAAACAAUUCGCACAACAUUUCAGCAUUUUAUAAUAAUUUCACACUCCAAAAAAAUGGGAAGAAAGGGAAACUUGGGAGACCAAAUGCUACAGUUAUUCAGUGUAUAUGUAUCUCUGCAGAACUUGUUGGAGAAGAUGAACAUCCAAUCCAAUGAUCUCCGUCCAAAAAUUACAAAACCACGGUAGAAGAAGAAAAGAUUAGUCAACAGUGAGGAAUGCGUACCUAUAAAUAAAUGAUUGAAAGGAAAAAAAAUCAAAAAAAAGAAAAGAAUGUUAAGUUUGUAAACUACGAAAAAGAUUAAAUGACAACAUACUCCCGGAGGCGAAAAAGAUAAUGGAAAUGGAAAAAAAAUGCACGCACACAACAAUUAUUUAUGUUCUCUCUGUCUAAUGUUUCCCAUGUCAUAAAUUGAUUCAUUUAUUUUUACAUCUCAUCACGAAUCUCUUCAUUUUUCGGUGAUAUAUUGAUCCAUAUGUAUUUAUUUAGUUUUGAAUUAUUAUUCUGCAUUUUCUGAUUUUUCUUGUUGUUAAUGUAUGUGUAGCAUGGCUGAUGAGCUUGAUGUUGGUAAACAUGGUUAUGCAUGUGACAAUCGUUUAUUCGCCGGGACCACGUAUGUUGCGUUUUUCAAAUAUCGAGUGAAACCUAACCAUGUAAAUUAUGUGUUGGAUGUUAAUGUUUUGUUCAUCGUGAGGAAAAUCAAUGGUGAAGAUGAGAUCAUCGGGUCGGAGAGGUACACGACUGAUUUGUACGCACCCGAAGAACCCAAUUGCGAGUUGACUCAGGUUUUUAAACAUCGGCUUGAGGAAUAUUGGAUCUCUGAAGAGCAACUUGCCGAGUUCAAGCAGAAACUAUUCGAUUUAGCAAAAGAAAAGGACUCCGAUCCCAAAUCACGCGCUCUCAACAGCAUAAUCGUCGAAAUCGACGUUGUCACAUUGCAGCAAGUGGGGGAGAAGAUUGACGCAACCAUGAAAAGGGCGAUGAAGAAAGAAAACCUGCUGCCAUUGUACAUAUGGCCCUUUGAAUCGAUAAAUGGUCAUAGACCGGGGUACGUCGCCAGACCAGGGGUUACUAAUGUUUUGAAAUUUUUGUUGCAUAUGCGUAGGAAUCGGGUUUCAGAUCUCUAUAGUGCGUGGACGAUGAUGAGGAUUUGUCGUCUUUGUAAUGACGGACCGAAUUGGAGUCAAAUGACAAUCAUGGAUUGUUGUAAACGUGCGUAUCAUUCCAAAUGCAUUUUUCGACAGCUGUUAUUGACGUCCAACUAUUGCCCUUCAUGCAAUUCACAAGUAUAUGAUCCUUGCGUUGUUUUCAAUGAAGAAUCAUCUUCUCAGGUAAUGCCCCUUGUCCUCUUUGCAAGUUGAAAUUGUUUUUUUCCGUUGCAAAAGUCUUCUUAUGUCGAUAAGUAUGAUGUCAAGAGACACACUAAUGUUGUUUUCUUGUUUUAGCAAGCAAGUGGUGGUUCAAGCAGCUGCACUGACUCCUCAAGUUGAUGAUGGAGAAAUUUGACAAGUUACGAGCUCCACUUUUGCUGUACAGAUGUUAAUGGAGCUACUAAUAUUUUAGCUAACAUGGGGUAUUUAUCUCGAACAAUCUUUUCGAACGAUGUUUUGAUGGAGAAUGUUAGUAGGGGAAGUAGUUUGGAUUAUGAUGAAUGAUGUUUUUUUUUUUUUGUAUCCAGAAUUGUGCUAAUUAAUAUGAUGAAUGGCCUUUUGUUGUUUUGUCAGCUUCCAAAUGCAUUAUUUGUUACUCUUUAGAGCACAUAAUUUGUUAUUGUUCAUGGUGCUAAUAAUAUUGAACUGUUUGAAGUCAGAUCAAAUGCCAAGAGUUGUUUUUAGGGGUUGUGUGAUUAAAAAAUGGAUACUUAGAGUAUUAAUAGUGCAAAGAGUUUUUUAACAACUCAAAAGAUUUGUUUUACAAUUCACUUUAGAUAUGUAGAUAUAAGUUGGGGUUGUCUAGGUCCGAUCGGACCAUUAUUAUCAUAUAAGUACGUACCCAACAACAAAAUGUACAAACCCUGGAAUAUAAGGAAAAUUACGAAAAAGCCCCCUUUUAAUUAAACUUAAUCCAAAACUUAAUAAGUAAUCAACAAAUUUAAAAUCAUAUUAAAUGAAAAUAAAUAUUACGUCAAAUUUAAUUAGGCUUCUUCUAAAACUUUAAACCGAAUUCCAUUAUCCUCAUUUAUUCACCAUCGAUCGUUCUUCUCCAAAAUAAUAAUAAUAAUCGAUCGGUUUUUUGUUUUUUUAAGAGAAAAUUCAUCAUUGAUCAUUAACUCAUCAUGUAGAGAAAGUAUGUCAAUCUGUUCUUGUAUAUGCAUACCAAAAACGAAAAAUCCAAUUGUGCGUGGGUAUUGCAGUCAAGGUGUUUGAUGCAAUUCCUAUAUGAUUAAAAUUUUCUCUAUACCACUUUUUGUUGGUAUUAAAUACUGGAAACAAAAAUGCGGAACCCACAUUAGGGCAAUUUAUAUGUUGUGAGGUACAGAGCAAUUUCUCCUCUAGUGCAUGUCUUAAUGGUUAUUUUGUGUUCUUAACAAAAUGUUUGAGCAUUCUAAAAUUUGUUUUGUGUUGCAAACAACCAAUUUAUAUGUUUUGGUUGUUCUAUUGUUUGAAUUACUUUCGAAUUCGUGACAUCAAUGAUCUAUA